UUUAUUUCAAUCAUUAAUUGUCUUUUUGCACUUGCUUUCUUAUUUAUCUGUCAGAAUGUGAUAUGCAAAAAUGAGAUGAAUUCUAUGUUGAGUUUAAAUGUUUAUAGUAGUGCUGUUCCGUGGGGUGCUGUUGUGACUGUCUUGCUGUCCUUUACUUUAUGUGCGCUGGGGGUAUCCUUGCUUCUGAGAUUGGACUUGGCAAUUCUCAAUUUGGUUGGCUUGCUCCCCUUGGAUUUGCAUUCGUGGACAGUAGCUACAGGACAUAUUUGUAUAUCAGCAGAUUGCUAGGAAUUGAACUAUUAUGUAUUGCUAAACCAUUUAUUAUAUCUGUGUACAUGGGAUUUUUAGAACCCUUAUUGCUAAACCAUUUACUAUAUUCUUUUUGGCCUUUCAAAAACAAUAGUUGCUACCUUUGUGCUACCUUAUGCUUGUACUCUUAUCUUUCUUUUUCCUGUUUCUGUGUUGAACAUGCUCACUUGGGAGGGUCUUUGGUUCCAAGAGUUAUUCUAUCUAUAUAUAUAUUUCAACUUUCACAAAAAAAUGUUUAUAGUAUCUUAUUCUCAUUUUGAAAAAAGAUACAUUUAUCUGUCAGAAUGUUUAUAGUCCCCAACUGUGAUUGUAUUAUUUUUCUAAUAUUCAUUCCUAUUAAGCUAUGUUGCUCAUGACAUGGAACAUGCUUGAUGAACCAAAAUGGACCAGGCCCAGGAUGAUACCCUUGUGCGAGAGGAAGCUGAUUUGCUUUUUUGCUCUCUUUUUAUGUGAUUUCUCCUUGUGCUUUUUAUGUUUGGAAGAAGGUUUAGUUUGGGAGUACAAGGGAGAUCAAACAAUAUUAAGUUUAAUUACUCCAACAAAUCUUGAGGGAUUAAAAAAUGAAGGACAAAGAGUGGACCAAACUUCCAAGGUUUUGUCCAGAGUAUAUCAUGGGCGUUCGUCGAUUUUUAGACUUUGUCUACACUAAAGGAAGACCUCAAGGAGAUGAGAUUUUAUGUCCUUGUGCCAAGUGUAGAAAUCAUUGUUGGACAAAAAGAAAUGUGAUAUUGGAUCAUUUGGUAGCUAACGGCUUUCUAAAGGGAUAUGAUGUUUGGGUCCACCAUGGGGAGCAAAUAGAAAGGCCAAUGGAAGUUGAUGAUAUUAUUGCAGAUCAAGAAUUAGCAGAAUGGGGAGAAUUAGCCAAAUAAAUGCUGCAAAUAGAGCAAAGCAAAAGAAUAUGCAUCGUACAGGACCAGUAAAUUUUGCUAGGAUUCGAGCACAAUUGCGUGCAAAAAAGGAAAAUGAAGAUGAUGUUAGCCAAGCUGAAAUGUUCAUUAUGACCCGUCAAAGCCGAAAAGGAAAACAAGUGGAUGAGGAAACACAAACUGCAAUUGCUAUUCUUCAAGAUUCCAUUCAGAACUCAAAUGAAUCUGAGACGUUUAAGUCUUUGUUUGGGAAGGAAAAAUCUGGUCGAGUUCGCUGCUACGGAAGAACAUUAACACCAUCCAUGAUGAAAAAGAAUGAAGAAAUUUAUGCAAUUAAGAAGCAGCAUAAAGAUGAAGUGAGUGGUAUGAAGAGACAAAUGGAUGGAUUGACAUUACUUGUAAGGAGCAUGUUGAAGCUACAACACCCAGAUUUAGAUGAAGAAGAGAUCUCUAAUAUGAUGGAAGCUGCUCUAGGCAAUGAAAAUAGUGUAGCUUCGCAUUCAUCUGCAUCCACCUAUGUUCCCCCUCAUGAAAAGCAGAAUGUGGAGAAUGAUGAUUUUCAUGAAGGAGAUGGAGAUGAAGAUAGAGAAGGAGAAGGAGAAGGAGAAAGAGAAGAAGAAGGAGAAGGAGAAGGAGAAGGAGAAGAAGAUUGAUUGCUUUUGGAAGAAAUAAUAAUAUUUUGUUAUUUUGAAAGGUUGUUUGGAACUUAGGAUGACAUCUUGGGAUUUUAUUUUGUUGCUGUUUAUGUUGAAUUGAACAUUGGCAUGAAUUGACUAGAAGCUGUCAAGUUGGACAGGAUUAGGCAUUGCCAUUUUUUGGUAGUAGUUUUAUAAUUUUCUCUUAGUGUUCUAAAUACAAUAUUCAUGUUAAUUAAGAUUUGGUUUUUGUUUCA